AAGCUUCCAUCUCUCCCUGGGUGUGUAAAAUUUGCACCCCCAGAGGGCUGAUCGGAAAGCUGCUAAACAAGGGGUGCGGAUAGCCGACAGCGAAUGGGGCAGGGCGAGCGCACGUGGAGCGUGUUUACAAACAGCAACUGCGGCCCUGCCGCGGUGCUGGGGCGGCCCCGGUGCCCGCGCCUCCCGGAGCCGGCUCCGGGGAGCGCCGCGCCAGCCCGCCCGGACCGAACGAGCCGGAGCGCGGAUCGUGAGCAAAGUAAAGCAGCAGUUCGGCUGAAAGAAGACAUGAAAAAGAUAGUGGCAGUGCCAUUCAACGAACAGAGGGAUUCUACCUACAGGAAGUUGUUUGGAGUCAGUCUCCAGGAACUUGAGCGGCAGGGUCUCACUGAGAACGGGGUCCCGGCCAUAGUGUGGGACCUCGUGGAGUACCUGACACAGCAUGGACUCACUCAAGAAGGGCUUUUCAGGGUGAAUGGCAGUGUGAGGCUGGUAGAACAACUUCGCUUGAAGUUUGAGAGUGGAGCGCCUGUGGAGCUCGGGAAAGAUGGCGACGUCAGCUCUGCAGCCAGUUUGUUGAAGCUCUUCCUGAGGGAGCUGCCCGACAGCGUGAUCACCUCGGCCUUACAGCCUCGAUUCCUUCAGCUCUUUCAGGAUGGCAGACGUGACGCUCAGGAAAGCAGCUUAAGAGACUUAAUAAAAGAGCUGCCAGCCACCCACUACUGCCUCCUCAAGUACCUCUGCCAGUUCUUGACAAAAGUAGCCCAGCAUCACGUGCACAAUCGCAUGAAUGUUCACAAUCUCGCCACUGUAUUUGGGCCAAACUGCUUUCAUGUGCCAUCCGGACUUGAAGGCAUGAAAGAACAAGACCUUUGCAACAAAAUAAUGGCCAAAAUCCUAGAAAAUUAUAAGACCUUGUUUGACUUAGAGUAUACAGAAAAUGAUAAUCAGAGAUGUGAAAACCUGGCAAGGCUUAUCAUAGUAAAAGAAGCAAGUUGUAAGAACUCCCUACCCAUCAUUUUAACAAAAGGCUCAGAAAGAGACAUGCUAAAACCAUCUCCAAAACCCAAGAUCCCGAAGUCCAGGAGCGAGGGGUCUAUUCAGGCCCACAGGGUACCACCACCAGACCUAUCCGACAGCAUUCCUCAGUUCAGCCUAUGGCUACGUCGUAGAAAACCCUACUCAGAAGAUGUGACCUCAGCAGAGGAUGCAAGUGGUGCCAAGCUGGCAUCCAGCGCUCAUGCAUCCCAAGUCAGCAGUGUUUCAACAACCGAAGAACUCUUAGAAAGAACCAUCCGGUCAGCUGUAGAACAGCAUCUUUUUGAUGUUAACAGCUCUGGAGGUCAAAGUUCAAUAGACUCUGAAUCUGGACCGUCCUCCGCAUCUUCCACCACCUCCACCAGGCAGCGCCGACGCCCAUCCAAGGAGCAGGAUGAAGGUCGAUGUGGUAGAGACAAGGGGCUUAUCAACAAAGAAAAUAUUCCUUCUGGAUUCAACAACCUUGAUGAUUGUAUUUUGAACACUCAAGAAGUCGAAAAAUUACACGACAGUACUUCUGGCUCUGUCGGAGACAGGAGCAAACCCAAACGUCAGAAAUCCAGUACUAAACUUUCUGAGUUCAACGAAAAUCAAGAUGGUGUUGUGAUUAUGGAAGGUUUCAGUUCCACACAGUCUCAGGAGAAAACUGGACCUGGUGACCUUGAACGGACUUCUAAUGAAAGCAAAGAAAAUGAAAACGAUGGCGAAUGUACCGAGCACCGUGAGAGCCCCACGAUGAAGAUUCAGGAGCAUCCCAGCCUCUCUGACAGCAAACAGCAGAGGAAUCAAGAUGCCGGUGACCAGCAGGAGAGCUUUGUCUCCGAAGCACCACACUUGGACCUGACUGCACUGUGUGAUGAGAAGAGCUGGGAAGAGCCCCCCCCUGCUUUCUCCUCCUGCCAGAGGGAGACCACAGAGGCUGACGACGCUCACCCCUCCCCGCAGGCCGGGCGCUUGAUUCGCCAGCUGCUGGAGGAAGGCAGCGACCCCUUGCCCUCUCCUCGGUCCUACGCUUACGGGCAGGGCCGGCAGUACCUAGAUGACACGGAAGUGCCUCCUUCUCCCCCGAAUUCCCACUCUUUCAUGAGGCGGCGAAGCUCCUCUCUGGGGUCCUAUGACGAUGAGCAGGAGGACCUGACACCUGCCCAGCUCACUCGGAGGAUUCAGAGCCUUAAAAAGAAGAUCCGGAAGUUUGAGGAUAGAUUUGAAGAAGAGAGAAAGUACAGACCUUCCCACAGUGACAAAGCCGCCAACCCAGAGGUUCUGAAAUGGACAAAUGACCUUGCCAAAUUCCGCAAACAGCUUAAAGAGUCCAAACUCAAGAUAUCUGAAGAGGAUCUAACUCCCAGGAUGCGGCAGCGAAGCAACACACUCCCCAAGAGUUUUGGUUCCCAGCUUGAGAAAGAAGAUGAGAGGAAGCAAGAGCCGGUAGACAGAGCAACCGAGCCCAGCCUUGAAGCCACACUGGAGACUAUCCAGCGGAAGCUGCAGGAGAAGCGGGCAGAGGCCAGCCGGCCCGAGGACAUUAAGGAUAUGACCAAAGACCAAAUUGCUAACGAGAAAGUGGCCCUGCAGAAGGCCCUGUUAUAUUAUGAAAGCAUUCAUGGACGGCCGGUAACAAAGAGCGAACGUCAGGUUAUGAAGCCACUAUAUGACAGGUACCGGCUGGUUAAACAGAUCCUGUCCCGAGCCAACACCAUCCCCAUCAUUGGUUCCCCCUCCAGCAAGCGGAGAAGCCCUUUGCUGCAGCCAAUUAUCGAGGGUGAAACUGCUUCCUUCUUCAAGGAGAUAAAGGAAGAAGACGAGGGGUCAGAAGAUGACAGCAACAUGAAGCCAGACUUCGAGGUCACUCUCAGAAUGGACUUCAGUGCACGUUGCUUUCUGGACCAACUUGAAGACGAUGCUGAUGGGUUUAUUUCCCCCAUGGAUGAUGAAAUACCAUCAAAAUGCAGCCAGGACACGGGGUUCUCGAAUCUCCACGCCGCUCCAAUACCUGAACUCUUGGAACACCUUCAGGAAAUGAGAGAAGAAAAGAAGAGGAUUCGAAAGAAACUUCGCGAUUUUGAAGACAAUUUUUUCAGGCAGAAUGGAAGAAAUGUCCAGAAAGAAGACCGCGCUCCUAUGGCUGAGGAGUACAGUGAAUACAAGCAUAUAAAAGCCAAGCUGCGGCUCCUGGAGGUGCUCAUCAGCAAGAGAGACACUGAUUCCAAGUCCAUGUAAGGGGCAGGCCCUGGCAGAGCGCAGGGGCUGUGCAGGUGCAGGAGAAUCCUGGUACUGGACUUGCGAAGCAGGCAGCCCUUCUGCCUCUCGGCCUUCGGGAUCACCUCCUGAGUCCACUGCCUGCCUUAGAAGCUGGCUAGAUGGAAGCUGAUGAUACGGCCUGACUUAGGAACUUUGUAGUGGAAAAGUCAAGACUCCUGUGUGCACAUGCACACGUGCACACACUCUGGGGGGGCUUCCCCAACACUAGCAGAGAAGAAUCACUACAUUAGACACUCUCUUCCACAGAGAAUAUUCACUGUUCUUCCCUAGAUAACUGAGAAACAUGAGGCCAUUCUCUGUCUAACUGUGAUGAAAACAAGCUCAGGACUUUGUCGAGCAAACUUCCCAUGGAGCUCCGUGUCCUCCUGGGACCCCAUUUAGUGUGAACAUGCAUUCGAGCCCUGUUUGCUGCCUUGGCCCUUCUGGUGACCCUCAGCGGAGCUGCACCCUUCCACUCGUGUGAAUUGCUUCCCCUCAGCUCUCAGGUGGAUGGGAGCUGCAUCUGCCCACAGUCCUCCUUCUUUGGGGGUGCAUUGCUGGACUCCCUCAGCUAAUAAGCAGUUGUGAUCCCUGACUAGGACUGGAUCAUCUUGCAGAGGACAGAGGGAUUGCAGCAGCAGCCACUUCGCUAUCAUUUAUAAAUCAGGUGAUAGGGUGAAGAGCCUAGAGAUUCUUUCCUGAGCACUGACUGCGUUUUAACAUCAAACACUAAGCAAGGCCAGCGUGCGUGGGGCAGCCUGCCUGCAGCGUGACUUUGUUGCAGCACUAGCCAAACGCCAAGGGUCUUGCUUAAUUCUUAGCCCGAGUGUAGCAGCUCAUGGGAGCCAGGGAGCCUGUGCUCCCAGCCUCCUGAGUACUACCAGACUUUAAUUUUUUUAAAGAGUAAUCCUGUACUAAAACCCCCACACUGAUGGUUAAUGUAGCACUCAGAGCUCAGCCCAAGACAGAAUCUAAAUCAUACCGUAUUCAAGAUUAUGUUUAAAAUAUAUAUAAAUUGGUGUGUGGCCAAUUCCAAUUUUUUCAGACUGUCACAAAGCUGUCUAUAUUAGACAUUUUGGAGGGACCAGGGAAUUUAAGAUGCCAAAUCCUUCAUCUCUUCUUUGUUCUUGAUGUCACUUGGUAAUUUAUUGUUACUUCUUACCAUUCUUUGUGUGCACUGAGGAAAGUGGGUUCUGGGCCCACCUUGGCGCUGUGUGAGGUCCAGCCCAGCGGCGCUCACCUGCUGAGGGACAGGGAAGGAGCUGCAGCAGGCCCUGCCUUUGGAAGACAGUGUUGGAGGAUGAACAGGAAACCGGGGUUGCCUCCUGUAUGUUUUGAGAGUUGCUGUCUUAAAGGGUGCAUUUUUGCUUUGUUUUAAUAAAAAGAAGAAAAAAAGCAUAAAACUGUAGUGAGGCUUGAGAAACUGGUCAGACUAGAUUUACAGCAACAUUUUCCGUUGCUGAAGUGAGGUAGGAGCUUUUCCUUUGUCAGUUGAGAAUUGUUUUAAGUCAAGAAGCUGGGAAUGGGGGGGAAGAAUGCCUUUAAGUUUGCUCUUAAAAAUAAUCUACAGAAGCAUGAGAAUGUGUUGAAAAUGCCCUGGUUUUAAUCCACACACUUAAAGACGGUACAUAAUCAAAGCCCUAUGAAUUUAAAUGUACAUAAUAUAGUUUGGAAAUCUUUGCUGUACUGUUUACAUUGCAGAUUGCUAUAAUUUCAAGGAGUGAUAUUAUAAAUAAAAUGAUGCACUUUAGGAUACUUUGUUUUUGAAAUCUGAACAUCAAUCAUUCACACAUGACCAAAAAUUGUGUUUUUGAAAAAAAAUACAUGUCUGCUCUGUCCUUUUAAAAUAAUUGUUCUCUUAAAUAAGCUACGCUAUAAAUCAAAUCAUUAUCAUUUAACUUUUAAAGCACAUCUGUUUAAGAGUAUUGUUUUGGAAACAUAUGCUACACAAUUUUUUUAAAGCUACAUAUAAAUAAGAAGCUACUAAAUGUUUUGAAAUCUGUUGUUUCUACCAAAGGUAAAUUAAGAUUUAUUCAGGAAUCUUCAUUCACAUUUGUAUGAUUCAAUAAAAGAGAACACCAAGUCAUAGUAAAAUAAAUUUUGUAUGGAAUGUUAUUGUUCUUUGUAAUUUCUCAUCUAAAUUCUUUAUGGAAGGAAGCCUAAAUGAAGGUGGGUGGGGGGAGCCCUGUUUACAUCAGAUUCUAUUUGGAGACGUGUUCGUUAGUGAUUCUGGCUCUGCCAAGGCAAAGUAGUUUCCCCAGCAACCAUUUCUGCAGCCCAGGAUUUCAAGGCGCUAGAGGCAGUAUCUUAAUUGGCUUCACACACACAGAAUGCUCCGGACUGGGGUUUUUCCUUUGCUCUCGUGGGAAUGUGUAUGUGUUUAUUAGUACAUGCCAACAAGAUAAAUGUUGGGUUAUUUAAUAACAGUGAUAAGUAAAGGUAAAGCAUAAAUAAACUGGGUUAUGAUCCUAAGAAUUAGCAAUGCCAAAAGCUUGUAAUUUUCAUAAGCACAUGUUUUUAUUCUGUUCAGUCUGGAGUAAACAUUGAAAUGGCUGUUUAUAUUAUUACUGCAUUUCAUCUUUGAAUCAUUUAGUUCAAGUUAAGUUUCUAAGACUAAGUACAAGGUUUAGGAUAAAGUCCUGCUUAGAAGUUUUUCAUGACAGAUGAUUGUCCUGCACCAAUAGAAUAAAGUUAGCACAAGCUUGGUGAUCUCCCAACUUAGGGAAAUUUCCAUUAAAGACCAAAUCAAAUUUCAAGCAGGCAUACUAGGUUUUUUGAUUGCCAGCCGACUGCAUGUGAGCUUUUAGAUAAGAUUUCUUCCCUUUGGUUGCCAGUUUGAAGUCAGAGAUCGGUGAUGUGUCUGUAACAGCAGUGUAAUUUUUGCUUUUGCUCACUCUGAUGCAAUGCUUGUAUGGAGCGGGGUAAGGCCCUUGUAGUGUGUGCCUGCUCCCAGGUGGUACAUUUCCAGCCCAGGACAAAUGCCUCAGGGCUGUGCUGUGUCAUAAAUACUGUACUAAGAUGUCUGAGGCCAGUAGUCUUGGAACCUGGGAGCAUUGACCGUUUGUGAAUGUGUGAGCAGGGAAUUCCUUAUAAGGCGAAUAUUUAGGUUAUCAGAAUAAAGGGAUGGACAUGAUUGCUAAUUAGGUUUGUUCUAUCUUGGGGUUAUCCUAGUUUGUAGGAGACAAUCAGCUCUGGUAUCCAGAAUUGAUCACAAAUUUACAUGGAAAAUCAAAUUUAAAGUUUGUUGAUUAACAGUUUUAGAGAUUUUUAACCUGAUGCUGAAGAUGCCAUUUUCCUGAGGGUAACACCUUACUGCUUUUGAUGGGGUGUGUGUGUAUGUAUAAUCUAUAGUUGAAAACCAUAGACUAUUAACUGCUUUGUGAAGGCUAGUUGUAGUCUCAGUUCUAUUUUGCUAUUAAGAGGGGUUCUUCCUGACACGCUGCUUCCUGGAUUGUUUUGUCUUAUGAUUGUCUUUUGAUGUUCUUUUUCAGGAGCCACUCGGUUCAAUCAAUGGGGAGGGACAAACCUAUACUAAAAUGUGUUUCCUCUGAAGCCCCCAUGUUUGGCAGAACUCAGAAUGUGCUUUGCUUUCCUUCAUUACUUCCUUUCAUUGUUUUACUCACUUGACCUUCAAAAUGCACGUAAGAGUCUAUUUGGUUGAAAGACUGAGUAAACAUUUUCUAAUUUAUAUUCAAAUUGUGCACACUGGCAUUAUUUUUAUUUCAGGUUAAUAUAAGGGUACAUCAUGAUUGGGUCACACCGUUUGCAUUUGUCAGGUAAAGUCCAAGUUGUAGUUUACGAGCCCUUCACCCAGGUGUGCUGUCUACCCCUACACUGCACGUGCUAGGUGAGAACACCAAUCCCACUCGCUACUUCUCUCCCCGCCGUCUUCUUGAUUUAAUUGAGUUUUUCUCUUGUGUGGGCCUGUAGUUGUCAGUCUACUAGUUUCAAUUUAGUAUUGAGUACAUUGGAUACUUGCUUUUCAAUUCUUGUGGUACUUUACUUAGGAAAUGUUCUCCAACUCUAUCCAGGUAAACACAAAAGAUGUAAAGUCUCCAUCUUUCUUCAUGGCUGAAUAGUAUUCCACAUUAUACAUAUACCAUAGUUUAUCCAUUUGUGAGUUGAUGGGCACUUGAGUUGUUUCCACAUCUUGGCAAUCAUGAAUUAAGCUGUCAUAAACAUUCCAGUGCAAAUGUCCUUAUGGUAAAGAGAUUUUUUUUUUUCUGGGUAGAUACUGAGUAACGGGAUUGUAGGAUCAAAUGGAAGGUCUACUUUUAGCUCUUUGAGGGAUUCUCCAUACAUCUUUCAAAAAAGCUAUAUUAGUUUUGAAAUCCCACCAGCAAUGCAAAAGUGUUCCUUCUUCCAUUUCCAUGCUAGCAUCUGAAGCUUUGGGACUUUGUGAUGUGGGCUAUUCUCGCUGGAGUUAGGUGAUAUCUCAAAGGUUUUGAUUUGCUUUUCUUGGAUGAUUAGAGACAAUGAACAUUUGUUCAUGUUUGUCAGCCAUUUGUCCUCUUCAGAGUAGGUUCCAUACAUGUCUCUUGCCCAGUGAUAGAUGGGCUUGUUUGCUCUUGAUUAGUUUGAGCUCUCUGUAGAUUUUCGUGAAUAGCCCUUUAAUUCAUAACAUGAAAAUUAUCUUCUCCCAUUCUGAAGGCUAUUUAUUUGCUUUGUUGAUUGUGUCCUUAGCUGUGCAUAAGAUUUUUAACUUGAUCAGGUCCCAUUCAUUUAUUUUUGCCGUUGCUGUGAUUGCCAUGGGGUGUUCUUCAUAAAAUCUUUCCCUGGGACACUGGCAUUAUUUGAAAUGGUGGCCAAUACAGCAUAUUCCAAAUAAGUAAUAUGUACAUAUAGAUGCUGGUCAUCACACCAUGGCACUGGCCACCCUCCCAAGCAAAGAUCUCUGUGUCCUCAUGAUAGCUGUAUGGACAUAGGCUGGGACCAGAAUUACAGAUUUCCAUUGAUAUGCGAAAUGAAACUGUAUGUAUAUUUACAACUUCUCGCUGCUGUCAAACUUAAGUUGUCUCUAAAGAACAUCAUUUUGCCUGGAACCAGGUCAGCUAUGGUCAUGUGCAUGGCUCAAGAAACAGGUUUGGCAGAUCUGAUUCUCCAUCUGAAAGCACCUACAUAAGUCAUGAAAAUCUCCAGAAAUGGAUAAAAGUAUAGUAAAUAAUACGGGCCCAGAAUAAUGUUUACAUGACAUGUAAGCAGAAAGCAUUUGAAACUGCUCUUGUCCUUUUUUAAAAAUUGAAUGAAAAACAUUAUGCACAUUUUUGUACAUGAUUGUAUUUUGUAUAAACUUUAAAAUAAAAUAUUUUAACUGUG